UUAUGAUGUCAAUUAAGCAGAACUAGCUCAUUUCUAAAAUAUGUUCAAGAGAAUGCCGUCAGAGAGAAAUUCUCCGUGUUUCUUUUGUCCUUACCGCCCUACCCAGAGUCCGAUUGAAACAGAAAACCAACCCGCAAGUUUCUUGCAACGAUUUUUAGUACAUCAUGCGUCGUCUUCAUUCUAUGCGGUUGAAACGGUGACGCCGGAAUGAUGCUGAACAAGUGUAUUGCACGAUAUAGCAGAGCAGCCUAUAUGGUAACGAGCUCUUGCUUCUCCUUCUCGGGUAGGCCCUAUAGUGUUGCCGGGGAAGAUGGGUCAUGUACUGUAUUACACCAGGGGCUAAGCGAUACUGCCACACCGUGCCUGCUUCAGCCCGGUGUGGUUGUGUAUGAUGGGGUCUGCCAUCUUUGCAACAAAGGCGUGAACUGGGUUAUAAGGGCAGACAAAUACAAGAAGAUCAAAUUCUGUGCUGUGCAGUCAAGAGCCGCCGAACCGUACUUGAAUUUCUGUGGGGUUGGUCGUGAAGCUGUUUUAAGGCGGUUUUUGUUUGUAGAAGGGCCUGGUUUAUGUCAUCAAGGAUCCACAGCUGCACUCAAGGUUCUUUCGUACUUGCCAUUGCCUUACUCGGUGUUAAGCCUCUUGCUAGUAAUCCCAGAUCCUCUGAGGGAUGCAGUGUAUGACUAUAUAGCGAACCGGCGCUAUCAGUGGUUUGGAAAAGAAGAUGAUUGCAUUAUCCCAAAUGAAGAGGUGCUCGAUCGCUUCAUUGACAGGCAUGAGAUUGUUGAAAGACUCCGCAAAAGUUCAUAGCAGACCUAGGGAAGUGUUUUGGGAUUAGUCUGGUCCAUGGCAUACAACUGCUGAAUUUCACCUUUUGAUGCUCAGUAAUUUUUCCUGAUGUUGAAAACACUGACAUUGAUACGUUUCUCAGCGACUCUCUCUCUCUCUCUCAAAGUUCCUAGCUGACCUAGAGAAGUUUUUUGAA